GCCCCCAGCUGCUGUAUCCAACGUGUUCACUAUGAAGUUACUAGUAAUUCUUUCGUUUUGGGGACUUGUUGCUGGCUACAGAGGUAACUCUUCCUAUAGCUCGGCACCUCAGUUACUUCUGGUAUCCUUUGAUGGCUUUAGAGCUGACUACCUGAAGAACUAUGACCUUCCUCACCUCCAGAACUUUAUCAAAGAAGGUGUCUUGGUGGAACACGUUAAAAAUGUUUUUAUCACAAAAACAUUUCCAAACCACUACAGCAUUGUGACAGGCUUAUAUGAGGAAAGCCAUGGCAUUGUGGCCAACUCCAUGUAUGAUGACGUCACAAAGAAACAUUUUUCUGAAUCCAAUGAUAAGGAUCCGUUUUGGUGGAAUGGGGCAGUGCCUAUUUGGGUGACCAAUCAGCUUCAGGAAAACAGAUCAAGUGCUGCUGCUAUGUGGCCUGGUACUGAUGUGUCCAUUCAUAAUGUCACACCUUCCUAUUUUAUGAAUUACAGCAGCUCAGUGCCCUUUGAGGAGAGACUAAAUAACGUUGCCACAUGGCUCAGCAGUUCCAACCCACCAGUCACCUUUGCAACGCUCUAUUGGGAAGAACCGGAUGUAAGCGGCCACAAAUACGGGCCCGAAGAUAAAUUCAACAUGCGUCGGGUAUUGAAAGAAGUAGAUGGCCUUAUUGGUGAUCUUGUCCAAAAGCUCAAGGCGUUAGGACUGUGGGAAAGUCUUAAUGUGAUCAUUACAAGCGAUCAUGGGAUGGCUCAGUGUUCUGAGAACAGGCGGAUAUAUUUGGAUACCUGCAUCAACCAUUCAGACUAUAGUGUCAUAGACUUAACCCCCGUGGCUGCGAUUCUUCCCAAAAUAAAUAUAACAGAGGCUUAUAACAAACUGAAACACUGUAACCCUCACAUGACUGUUUAUCUCAAAGAAGCUAUCCCUAACAGAUUUUACUACCAACACAGCGAUCGGAUUCAGCCCAUUCUUUUGGUUGCUGAUGAAGGCUGGACAAUCGCACUAAACACGUCAUCGUCAAAAUUAGGUGACCAUGGCUAUGACAAUUCACUGCCCAGCAUGCAUCCGUUUCUCGCUGCCCAUGGGCCUGCGUUCAGGAAAGGCUACAGGCAGAGCACCAUCAACACUGUGGAUAUUUACCCAAUGAUGUGCUACAUCCUGGGACUGAAACCACAUCCCAACAAUGGAACCUUCAGCCAUUCCAAGUGCCUGUUAGUGGACCAGUGGUGCAUCAACCUCCCAGAAGCCAUUGGGAUUGUCGUUAGUGCACUAUUGGCAUUAACCGUGCUAACAGGCCUCAUAAUCUUCAUGCAGAACAGAUCGUCUGCAUCCCGUCCAUUCUCCCGCCUACAGCUGCAGGAAGAUGAUGAUGAUGAUCCUUUAAUUGAGUGACCCACUGUGUCUUACUCAUAUCUAAACUAAGGAUCCACGCAAGGAGUGAGUGGUAUUACAGCCAUAAAAAGGUAUACUUCCAAAGACAAGACAGACAUGGCAAAAUCUCUCUGGGGUGUGUGUGUGUGUGUGUGUGUGUGUGUGUGUGUGUGUGUGUGUGUGUGUGUGUGUUAUGUUGCCUAUGCAGAUAACCCUGAUAGUAAUAGAGUCACUGGUAAAUCAGUUCAAACCGCCUGUUUCCAUAACAAAUCUAGCCUCUGAGAGAAUACUCUGAGCCUGCCUGCUUUCCUUCCUUCCUUCCUUCCUUCCUUCCUUCCUUCCUUCCUUCCUUCCUUCCUUUCUUCCUUCUUCCUUCCUUCUUCCUUUCUUCCUUCUUCCUUUCUUCCUUCUUUUCAAUGACAUAUAUCUUUAAGUGAAAAUAUACCAGAAUUUAAUAGGCACGCUUUUCUAACAUGUUUAUAUAUUUGUAAAUGACACAAAACUAUUUAUGUAAUUUGUUCAUUUGUGUAUCCCGGAGAAAAGGUUGCAUAUAUUUUUAUAUUUGUCUUUAAUGAGUGUGUGUCCCUAGAAAACCCUUGAAGUAGGAAAUUCUGUGAUAGUUAAUAAAACUGAUUAGCCACAUAGCAUAACUAUAGCAUACAAAGAAAUCAUUUUAAAUAAAGCUGCUAAGAACAAACAAAACCCAAGGAAGACUAUGUAAUAUAAAGCCCGAGCUUGAUAAAGUCCGUAAGCGAUUGGCGCCUCAGAAGUUGAGUCUGGAGCUGGGCGGGGUGGUGCACACCUGUAGGGAGGGUGAGGCAGAGGGGCCUAGAGGUGGAGUCCAGCUCGGGCUGCAUAGCAACACUGGCGUUUUGUUUGUUCACUUGUUUGCUUUAGUUACAGUUUUAGAUACUAUUGUUAAUAAGGAGUUUCAAAGAAAAUAGAGAAAAAAUGUUCUCUGUGUUUAACUCUUCUGGGUAAGUUGUGUGUGCCACUGUGUUUGUAUGAGUGGAUGUGCAGACGCCAUAUGACAUGCAAAGGGGCUGGGCUCUGUGCCAGAACACAGCUCAAGGCAAGGCUGCUUCUUGCAGACCUUAUGUGCAUACUUAAUAUCACAAUUAAAAUAUCGUAUUUUUUGUUACAAUUUUCAACUCGUUCAAACUCCACGUUUGUUGGAAGUAUCAAAUGCUGCAGGAAAAAAUAAGACCCGAGUAUACAGCUGCAAGGUCAGGACUUUUGUAUUGACCUUUGAGGCUCUUGAGCGUGCCUUCCGUGCAGUGGAGUGGGAAUACAUGUAACAUGGAGGUUAGCGUCUUCCCCCCCCCCGGCAGCAACCAUGUGCUAAGGGCGGAGCACUCCAGCCCUGCACUGCUGGCUUCUCACCUGACUCCUCCUAAGCCCGAGAACCAAAGAGCUGUUGUGAAGCACUGAUAUCAUCCGUCCCCUCCAUAGCGGGGUCCUCAGAACCGGAGCUAUUAAGACAACUAGCCUAUGUGGUGUCCGUUAAACAGCAGACCACAGCUUCGUGUUACUGGUGUGCUCGCCAGCAUUCUGACAACGUAAAGCAAACUUGGUCAUUGCUCUUCAGAUGCAAGAUGGAGCUACACUGAUGAUCCCUGGUGGACGACACUUGUCAGUCGUCUUAGAUUUAUUGCACUGCUGUGGCUCACUGCAAAUUUCCUUAAAGUUUGGUGUCUGGUGCCUCAUUGUUUUGGGGUUUCAAGAGGCAUAUCUGUACAUAAUCUAUGCUCCUGGCCACAGAAUGGCUGUUUUAAGAACAGGAUAGGACUGGUUUUGCUCAUAAAUGUUCUGAUCUAUUUUGUUACACGCAAUCGUGAUACUAAGGGGUCAAGAGUUGACCCAGUAAAACAGUAGAGAAACCCCUGCUUAUUUCAAUUUCCAUGUAAGGAAAUAACAAAUAAACUGCCACCUUCACUUUGAGAGAAAAUGACUGGGGCAUUUUUGAACUGUCUCCCAGCAGAGUUGAAGAUACCUUAGUUCCUACAGUGGUGUGGAUCCCAGCGACUGCCUUACCUCGACCGCACCUUAUACUUGGUGUCCGCCUCUAGAAUAGAAGGUUUAAAAGGGUGGGAGAGGAAGGGAUGCCCUUUCAGUGUCUUAGCCCUGUGCAACACAUGUAUUUAUUUUGUAUUUUACUCUGUUCUCAGAAUACUAGAACUAGGUAAAAUUUUAUAAAGCACUUAUUUGGGAGACAAGAAUAGUAUUUAUUUAAUCAAAUAGAUUAUCACUGAACUUUCUGCUAAUACGUUUAUAUCUUUGAAAAAAAUUAUCACUAUUGCCUACAGUUUUGCUCUGAGAAAAGCUUUUUAGUAAGGGUAGCCUUUGACGUGGGGUUUGGGUGUGUGUGUUACAAAGAAUUAACUGAACCUGCUCUGCUUUCUGGUCAGGAGAAAAUCAUUUGGCUUCAGAAAAUAUUUAGCUCUUGGUGAUAGUACCCAAAGGUCAGAGGAAAGUAUUUAGUCUCCUUAUUUUUUGUUAAUUGCACUAGUCAGCUCAGAACUGUGUACCUUGACUUUCUAGUAGAGGGCCAGUUGUGUUCCUGUUAGCCACCUAUCAUGCAUGUUCUUCUGUAAAAGCAAUGGGGUAUAGCAAAGGCUUGCUCACCGUGCUGCCCAGAAGACUUCCUUUUUAGAACCCACAAGCAUAGCCUUGGGAUAUUAAAGGAUCAAAUGCCUUUGCACUGAUCUUGGGCAUAUCCCUCUCUGCCCACCUGGUAAGCUUUAAGGAUGGUUGGCUUUAAUUCCUUUUAUGAAGAGUGGUUUAUUUCAUUUUAAAUUUAUAACAUUAUAAAUGAAGGACAAAGAUUAGGUAUAAAGUAUGUAUUUAUUGUCAGUUCUCAAACAGCAUAUAAAUACUGUGAGUAUGCUGUAAGGAAAUUUGCAGUGCCUUAAGUUAAAGGAAAUACAUUGUUUCAACUUGUAGCUAACGACUUUGCUUAUGAUUUCAAUUUAUGCAAAUAAAGUCUACGCAAACAAAUA